AUGGGAUCAAUGGAUGCAAAAUGGGAAACCAUAGUUCCAUUUAUAGCUAUGGCGUUGAUGGAGGCAUGUACUAUUGCACUCACCAUCUUGGCUAAGACCGCAUUGACCGGUGGCAUGAGCCCUUUCGUGUUCAUCGUCUACACUAAUGCUCUUGGCUCUCUCCUUCUCCUCCCUUACUCUUUCUUCUUCCAUAGAGGUGAAAGGGACGAUGAACCGUUCCUCACGAAGCCUUCCCUUGUUCGUAUCUUCCUUCUCGGUUUCACAGGGGAAGGAAAAUUAGAAUGGGAAAGCAUGAGAACAAAAGGAAGAGUGGUAGGCACGUUGAUAUGCUUCACAGGAGCCUUUGUGGAAAUUAUUUACUUGGGCCCUUUUAUUAGACCAUCUCCUUCUUCAUCUCCAAACUCCAAUUUCCUCACAACAAUCUCACACUACUUGACUUUCUUCAAGAAUUCUGAGAAUUGGGCUCUCGGCUCUCUCCUUCUCGCAUGUGCCACGCUCUCUAUCUCCAUCUGGAAUAUCAUACAGUUGGAUACAGUCCAGAAAUAUCCUCAAGUGAUGAAAGUAGUGUCUGCCUAUAGCUUAGCUGGGACACUCCAAUGUGCAAUCUUCUCAGCGUUCAUGGAGCCGGACAUAGAUGCAUGGAAACUAGAGCUUAACAUGGAUUUAUAUCUUAUUAUCGCCACGGUAUGUUUGGUUUAUUACGUUGAACUUCUUGUGAACAGUGUGUUAGGAGCAGCCAUAGCAGGAACCGGAUAUCUAUUGAUAAUGUGGAGUCAAGCUCCAAAAGACGAUCAGAAAGGAACUGUGGAGGAAAACGAUAAUUAUCGGUUGGAUUCAGAUGAUCAAACAACUCCACUUUUGCUCGGAAAUGGUGAUGUUGAUCAAGUUUAG